AUUUAAAUAAAAUUGUAAUUGAAUUAGAAAAAAUUAUUUAUUUUAUUUGUUACUUUUUACUGAAAAAUUAAAUUAAAAAAUUGUGAUGGAAUUCAACGCAUCUGAACAUCCUCAUACAAGGUACAAUCCCUUAAAAGGAGAAUGGAUUUUAGUAUCUCCUCAUAGAAUGAAAAGACCCUGGGAUGGGCAAAAUGAAUAUGAGUCCAGUAAUAUGGGUCUAGAGUUCGAUCCUACCAACCCCCUGUGUCCUGGUGUAAUAAGAAGUAACGGUAUAGUAUGUAAUAAUUUGACUCCAGAGUACAAGUCUACAUAUGUAUUUACAAAUGAUUUUCCAGCCCUGUUGGAGGAUACGCCAUCACCUCCACAAAGUGAUGAUCCUCUUUUUCGCUUUGAAGGAGUUCAAGGCACGUGCCGUGUUAUGUGUUUUCACCCUAAGUCAAAUAUUACCAUUGCUCUUAUGUCUAUAAAUGAUAUAGUAAAUAUAAUUACAAGAUGGAUAGAACAAUUAGAAGAAUUAGGAAAAACUUAUGUUUGGGUUCAAAUAUUUGAAAACAAAGGGUCUAUGAUGGGUUGUUCUAAUCACCACCCUCAUUGUCAAAUUUGGGCCUGUUCAUUUUUACCAAAUGAACCUCGAAUUAAGGAUAUUAAACAGAGAGAAUAUCUGGAGAAGUAUAAUAGACCAAUGCUUAUGGAUUAUGUUAAACGUGAAUUAAAAGCCAAAGUUAGAAUUGUUACAGAAAAUAUCCACUGGGUUGUUUUGGUACCAUUUUGGGCAAUAUGGCCAUAUGAAACAAUGGUAUUGCCUAAGAGGCACAUUAAAAGAAUGAACGAAAUUUCAGAAAACGAAAAAACCACUUUGGCAUCAGUAAUGAAAUUAUUAGUAAUUAAAUAUGAUAACAUGUUCAAAACGUCAUUCCCAUAUUCGAUGGGUUGGCAUGGUGCACCCACUGGGCAAAUGUAUGACGAUAGUGACCACUGGGUAUUCCAUGGAAUUUAUUUGCCCCCAUUACUACGUUCAGCAACUAUAAAAAAAUUUAUAGCUGGAUUUGAACUGUUAGCUCAGUGUCAAAGAGAUUUAACGGCUGAACAAGCUGCAGAAAAAUUAAGAUCUCAACCUGAUGUUCACUAUUUGCAAUCAAGUUAAAUAUACAUAUAGCACUAAAAUGAAAUUUUAACUAUAGAGAAAAAAUAUUAUAUUUAUUUAUAAAUAACAA